AUGUCAAAAGCGUUCACAUUUUCGGAGUUGCUGCAGCCAGGUGAGGCGGUUACGAGCAGCUCAACCUUUGCGUAUGUAAAAAGCGUUGUUGCAAGAUCGGAUGAUUCUUCAUCCCAGAUGUUAGUGGCAAGCUCGUAUUCAGCAGUGUCCAAUAUUGAGUUGAUGAUUUUGCAUGCCAGUGCACUGAGUGAACUGUGA